UAGGAGAGAAGUGAGAAACGGACGGGAUAUAGCAGUGUAGGGAUGUGUUUGUUAGCUGCACAUUCUGAGACCCCUGUGAAAGAGCGGUGCUUGAUGCUGUAUCAGCUAACAGGGCUUUGGGAAUGCUUUUUUCCCUUCUGUGAAGAUUAUUCUUUAGCCCCAUGACAGCCACAACUUUUCUGUAUGGUUGACGGGAUUGUCUGACGAGCCUGGGCGUGAGAUGAGGAACAAGGAACUUGUGUCUUGUUCAGCUCUGCCUCUUCUUCCUCCUAUCGUUCCUUCAGCACAGCGCAGGCACCCGAACAGGCAUCAGCAUUUUUACUCCUGUGUCAUCCAACUCUGUUCAGAGCAGGUCUAGACGACAUUGUGGUAUGCAGACUGCCAGCUGUGUUACAGGAAUGCUACCAGAGGUGAAAUUGCAGGGUAUUUAAAGAAUGAAUGGUGAAUAACACUGAAGAACCCCAAGAGGCUUUAUAACGUCCCAUCCCCAUGUAAAGUAUGCUCAGAACUUUUCCAGUAGUGGAGAUGAACGCAUGGCAAUUCUUCCUCGGUUGAAACCUUUUUAUCAGCCCUCGCCAUAGGGAAAUUUGACACCUUGUCACGACUGGUGAAAGUUUUGCCUGCUGGAAACCAUGUCUCACUACACAGACGAACCAAGAUUUACCAUAGAGCAGAUAGACCUGCUUCAGCGCCUGAGACGUACGGGAAUGACCAGACAUGAAAUCCUCCAUGCGCUGGAAACCUUGGAUCGUCUUGAUCAAGAGCAUAGUGACAAAUUUGGAAGAAGAUCUAGCUACGGAGGUGGUUCCUACAGCAACAGUACCAACAACGUCCCAGCAUCUUCCUCGACAGCCACGGCUUCAACACAGACCCAGCAUUCUGGGAUGUCCCCAUCCCCAAGCAACAGUUAUGACACCUCCCCACAGCCUUGCACUACUAAUCAGAACGGGAGGGAGAGUAACGAGAGGUUGACUGCAUUCAAUGGGAAGAUGUCACCCACCCGCUACCCGCUAGCAAACAGCUUGGCUCAAAGGUCCUACAGUUUUGAAGCUUCCGAAGAAGACUUGGACAUUGAUGACAAAGUGGAGGAACUGAUGAGGAGGGACAGCAGUGUGAUAAAGGAGGAAAUCAAAGCCUUCCUAGCCAAUCGGAGGAUUUCCCAAGCAGUUGUUGCACAGGUAACAGGUAUCAGUCAGAGCCGGAUCUCACAUUGGCUUUUGCAGCAGGGGUCAGACUUGAGUGAACAAAAGAAAAGGGCAUUUUACAGAUGGUACCAACUUGAGAAGACAAAUCCUGGGGCUACGUUAAGCAUGCGACCAGCUCCCAUCCCAAUAGAAGAGCCAGAAUGGAGACAGACACCUCCCCCAGUCACAGCUACCUCUGGGACCUUCAGACUACGGCGAGGCAGUCGGUUCACGUGGAGAAAGGAAUGCCUGGCUGUUAUGGAAAGUUACUUCAAUGAGAAUCAAUAUCCUGACGAGGCAAAGAGAGAAGAAAUUGCCAACGCCUGUAAUGCAGUUAUACAAAAGCCAGGAAAAAAGUUAUCAGAUCUGGAGCGAGUUACCUCCCUUAAGGUGUAUAACUGGUUUGCCAACAGAAGAAAGGAAAUCAAGAGACGAGCCAAUAUCGAAGCAGCAAUCCUGGAGAGCCAUGGAAUAGAUGUACAGAGUCCGGGAGGUCAUUCCAACAGCGACGACGUUGAUGGCAAUGAUUACUCAGAGCAGGACACUUGGCAAGUACGCAAUGGGGAGGAGGAGGGAAGAUGUUCAGAGGGAGGCAGAGAAGCAGAGAAGGUAGAAGAAGACAGGAGGAUCUGCUCCAAACAAGCAAGUUACACCAUUCACGCCACACGCAAUGAUGACAGCACUAGCCAUAGUGACCAUCAAGACCCCAUUUCAUUAGCUGUGGAAAUGGCAGCGGUAAACCACACCAUCUUGGCAUUGGCCCGGCAAGGAGCCAACGAGAUCAAGACAGAGGCUCUAGACGACGACUGAUAUAAAGAAGGGGGAGGGUCGAAGCAAGAAGUAACUUAGUUUUAGACGUAGCACCUUAGCAGACUUUCCUCGGUCCUUAAUAUGUGUUCUUACAGUAUAACUUUGCAGUUUCUUGUACGUCAGUUAGCUGUUAGGGUCUUGUUCUGUGAAGAUGGCAUGGUGCCCUCAGCCUUUGCGUAUACUCUCUCAGUAUUAAUUCCCAAUAAAUAAUCAAUCAACCAACCAACCUCCCUCUCCCAGCCCCAGUGGCUAGAAAAAUCUUGCUGCUCUAUCUUAGCAUUCAAAGUGCUUCCAGGUAUUUUAGACAGUCCUCAAUUACAAGUCUUAGGCUACACUUAAAAUCUUGGAUACCUUUAGAGAUUGUGUAAAAAUAGUCUGUACGCUUUUCCUUCUCUGAGACUGAAAGGAUGCAAGCUGAGGUAGUGGCACAGGGUCGAUGGACACCAGACUGGGAGUAUCAACAGAGAGUAAAAAGAACACUAGAAACCCCACUUCAGCUGAUUCAGAUUUCCAGCUGCAAUAAGCUGUGCCUCACUGGUCAUACAGUGACUUGAUAUACUUUUGGGUGCUGUGCUAAGAAUGUCCAUUGGAAACACAUUCACAUAUUUCAGUUGAUGUUCACAUAUUCAACACAGACAUCCUCUACUCACAAGCUGCGUGGCUUAGUGGAUAAGUACUGCCUUCUGCCUCUGGGACCAUGAUUGAAGCCCAGCCUGGGAUCAUAUGAAAAAUGAGCUGAAUGUCUAAUGGACAACAGUCCACCUCUCAAAACCACUAUUCAUUAUUUGGCAUGGCUUGUAGUGCCUGCUCAGAAGAGGUCUAGACUCUAUUGAUCUGUCACUAACAGUUUCACUUUUUAUUCUUCCUUUUCUGUCCCCACCCUAUUCCCCUCUCCACUUUGCCACUUUCAAAAGCAAUGUUUUCCAAGAAGGUUUUAAGGUCAUGAAACGGGUGAGUGAUUUUUUUUACACGUCUGUGUAACUAAUGCCUACAUCUAGCCCGAAAGGUUAUUCAAGAAGUUUGACAUCUGACCUUUGCUAGUUAACCAUCAUAGCAUAAAUAUUCUCCUACAUAAGAGCUUUUGCCUUUGCUUAAAGGCAAGAGGAUCUCUUACCAGAGAAACGGGGUGUGAAUGUUUUGUGUUCUCUUUACUCUGUCCUUGUUAAGAUGUGAGAAAGCUAUACUGCUACGAGCAAUUUAAUUAAUAAUUGGAAGCCAUACUGAUAAUGGAUGUGGUAAUAUUUGUAAAGCAAACCUACUUUAAGUAGCAGAAACUAAUGGAAUUGUUUUCCUUGAUCAUAUGUAGCACUUUUGUUACCUUUUUUCUUAAAGAUAUUUAUAUUUGAUAAGUCUUUUUUUUAUCAUUUGAGAAUUCAAAAUGCCAAACAGCAAACUCGCAUUACAGAGUCACCCUGCGAUCGCCUUGUCAUCUAGUAUCUAAAUGAUGAACUGUGUGUGCAUCUAAGAAAAUUACAUCUGCUGGCAUUGUGUGGAAACGAUCUCCUGGCAUCCUGAUAAAAUGAUAUGUUGCUGCCGGUAAGAGGAAACAUCUCAAUGGAAACAGCACGGGAAGUGUUAGAGACAGGCAGGACUGUGUUACAUUAAAAAAAAACAAAAACAAAAACAAAAACAAAAAAAUAACAAAAAUAACAAAAAUUAAAAAAAACUAUGUAAAUUUUUGUAUAUAGAUAUAUAAAAAUUUCCAUAGUAUUUCCAAAACAUUCCAUUUGUAUCUUCCCCAUUUACGUGGGAAUAGCUGAAGUGGGGAAAAUAGCUGAAUUCUGAAGGAUGGGCUUCCUUCUUCUCUCAUCCUCUUCCGAAGGUGGAGGGGACAAAAGGAAGUCACAGUUACUUGGUUUGUUCUCAUCCUCCCUUCCUCAUGCACAGCUAUCAGUUAGCAUCGUGACCUCCCAAAUUGCGGCUCCUCAGCAGGUUUUUGGGCAGCCUAAACCCACCAGGGUGUAGGCUAGCUUAGAUCAUCCUCACAUCUGUUAAUCUCACCAAAAUUGCUUGGGUAAGUGCGGAGGAGAUUUUGUGCUUUCAGAGGGUGCAGAGCUGGCACCUCUUUGUCUCUGUAACUCUGAAGAUAAAUAGGUAGGUCUUGGCCUCGUCUUUCAUUUAUGGAUUUCAUUGGAAAAUUUAUGUGCUUUCUUUAGGUAUAGAUCACUGAAGCAGAAUGAAGCCGUCUUUUUCUGUUUUAUUGCAUUUCUUGAGUAGGCAAAUUUGUAAGUAGCAUCAGGGCAGACUCGGGGAAAACACAGAAUUGGAUCAGCUGCCGUUGCACCAUUGCAGUUUAUUUCUGAAUGUGUGUGUGAAUGUUUUGGUACUAAGGAGUGAAAGAACAGGGAGAGCUUUUUUUUCCCUAUUUUUGCACAGCAGAAUGAUCAAGCAAACUAUAGCCUUAGUGGAAUUUUACCUUAUUCAUACUGCAGUCACACACCAAGCUGACAAGCAACAUCCACGAUUUAUAGGAAGGAGAUUUUAAUAAUCGAUGGCCUCUUUAUGUUGGGAUUGCCACCACCAUUUGUCCUGGCUGUUUCAUUUUAAAAAGAACAGACUCAAACUGUUGGACAGCUGCAAUUUUAGAAGAAAUAUUGCUUACUAUAGCAUCUCGAGAAAAAAAAAA